AUGGCUCACUCAAGUAAAGACCAGGCUACCAUCGUCAUAGUCGGCGCCGGAUCAAUUGGCUUGUGGACCGCAUAUUUCCUCGCGCAAGCCCAGGCCGGACCGCAACACGCAAGCAAGAUUACGGUUAUCGACGCCUGCCACUCCCCGUUCGCGGCAACCUCGCGUACCUGUACCGGCUGCAUACACUACGCCUUCGAAGCCGACGGACUCGUUGAGCUGGGGAGAUAUUCGUUCGAGCUCUGGGAUGCUCUUUCCCACGACGACGCUUUCAGAUCGGCCGUCAGCUGGCGCUCCAGCUCAAUUUUUGGAGUAGAACGCGGCGAUGGUGAGAACCUGGACUUGCUGCCGGAGUGGCUGCGUCGCCGUGAGGGAUGGCGUGUGAACCGUGAGUUUCUCGGUGCCCGGAACGCCAUGGUGAACCCGAUUGGCGUCGGGAAGUGGCUUGCGGACAGAUGCACUGAGCUCGGUGUGCGGAUAUACACAUCCACCGUGCUGACUUCCGUUGCCCAAGACGAGGAUGGCAGAGUCCACCAACUCAUAUGUACUAGAGAUGAUAGAAUGAUCAAAGUCCCGUGCGAGAAGCUGGUCCUUGCCGGGGGGCCUUGGACGCCAGCGGUCUACGAGAAACUCUUCCCGUCCUCGGCCGUCCAUCUCGAGUUGGUAAUGGAUGCUGGAGACUGGAUGGUGUUCCGGAAUCCCAAUCCCUCAACGGAGAAGUCAAUCGCUUUCAUCGGCUUGAAUAAUAUUGUCCACGAGAAGCUGGAGUUUGCUGGCCGGGAUGACGGCACAAUAUGGGUGUGCGGCCGGAGAGAUACUCCGGGUGCGCUAGUUCCUCUAGGCACGGCAGGAGAAGUCAAUGUUCGCAUGGUUGCCGAGCUUACCGGCCGUAGCUACCGGUUUCUCCAGGUCCAGCGCAAUGAUGACCCCGAAUCCUUCGAAGAACUGCAAGUCGAAAGCCUUGGCCGGUCUUUCAGGCCUUGCACGAGAUCUGGCCUCCCGAUGAUGUCGGCGGUGAGCUUGAGUCAGCUCUGCGAGCGCAGUAGCCGACGUCCCGGUAGCGGCAAGGUUAUGAGCCAACUGAUACGGGGAAAGGAUCCCGAUAUUGACAUCUCUCCUUUCAUAAUCCCGGGCAAGAGUGGCGGGGAAACAUGUUCGGCUGAUGUAGCCAAGACGAUUCACAGGUCAUCGCUCUGA